GACCGGCCGGUAGUGGCGGCAGCUCUGCGCAUCACGGGCCACAUCAUCGCGGGGGCCGCCCGCUUUCGCGCCUGCUCAGUGGCGGCGGCGCUUACCUAGCGCGGAGCUGUCACCGCCGACGGCUGUUCCAACUCCGCCGCAGCGAUGGAGCGCAACCCCGCCACGCUGCCGGCACCACUCUCGCCCAGAUCCAGUCUUGUGUAUGGAAAUGUUGAAGAUUUGAGAGCAGUGAAAAAACACUUUUGCUUGCAAAAAAGGAACAUUUUGGUCCACUUGUAAGUGUGACACUUGGUGACUAACCUGCAAGAUUUCUUGGCUGACAUCUGAAGAACAAAGUGCUUUUCAACCUGUACUUCUAUAGCACUAUGACUAACUGUAAAGGCAGAUCUACCAUCUCCAAAACAAAUGGCAAAGUCCAUGACAGAGAAGGCUUUGUAAACUGGACCGUAAAUCUUAAUACAAUUCAGUCUGAUAAAUUUUUGAGGCUGCUUUUAAGUAUGGUUCCUGUUGUUUACCAAAUAAACCAAGAGGAAAGACACAAAAAGAUGAAUGGUGUCUGGCAAGAUGGAUUGCAACCAGUAGGACACAAUUUUAAUGUCAGGUCCGAACAACACCCGGAAUACCAUCACUUCUCAGAAGCGAGCUUUCAUGGUAGCAAUGGACACAGCCCAUCCAGCUGUAGCCCUAAAUAUGAUGAUUUUACCAGUUACAAUUACUGUGAUGGAAUGGACACUUCAGAAACAGAUGCCAUGUUGCAGGACGACACUCUUUCUAGUGGCAGUAAUGAGGAUGUCAUUGUGGAAGGAAGUAGAAAACAACCCAAAGAAUCGAGUAGUAUUAUGGCACUGCAGAUACUUGUACCUUUUUUGCUGGCAGGGUUUGGAACUGUUUCUGCUGGCAUGGUUUUGGACAUUGUACAGCACUGGGAUGUGUUCAAGAAUGUUACUGAAGUCUUUAUCUUGGUUCCUGCGCUCCUUGGUCUCAAAGGAAAUUUGGAAAUGACCUUAGCAUCCCGGCUGUCAACUGCUGUAAAUGUUGGAAAAAUGGAUUCUCCCAUUGAGAAAUGGAACCUAAUAAUUGGCAAUUUGGCCUUGAAACAGGUUCAGGCAACAGUGGUUGGUUUUCUGGCAGCAGUGGCAGCAGUAAUAUUGGGCUGGAUUCCAGAGGGCAAAUACCGCUUUGAUCAUUCAGUCCUUUUGUGUUCUAGCAGUGUAGCAACUGCCUUCAUAGCUUCUCUUUUGCAAGGAGUAAUAAUGGUUGGAGUUAUUGUAGGAUCUAAGAAGACUGGUAUUAAUCCUGACAACGUUGCCACUCCUAUUGCAGCAAGUUUUGGCGAUCUCAUCACCCUUGCCAUAUUAGCAUGGAUAAGUCAGGGUCUGUACACUUGCCUUGAGACAUAUUACUAUGUAUCUCCUUUGGUUGGUGCCUUUUUUUUGGCUCUGACUCCAAUGGGGAUUGUCAUAGCUGCCAAACACCCAGCUACCAGAACUGUCCUCCGCUCAGGAUGGGAGCCUGUUAUAACUGCCAUGAUUAUUAGCAGUAUUGGUGGCCUUAUUCUGGACACGACAGUAUCUGAUCCUAACUUGGUUGGAAUUGUUGUUUAUACCCCGGUAAUUAAUGGUAUUGGUGGCAAUCUAGUAGCUAUUCAAGCCAGCAGAAUUUCUACCUACCUCCAUUUACACAGCAUUCCUGGAGAGCUGCCAGAGGAGGCCAAGGGUUGUUAUUACCCAUGCAGAACAUACUGUGGUACAGGAGUAAAUAACAAAUCAGCCCAAGUUCUACUUCUCUUGGUGAUUCCUGGACACUUGAUUUUUUUGUACACUAUCCACUUAAUGAAAAGCGGACAUACUUCCUUAACCCCCAUCUUUAUAGCAGUCUAUUUGUUGGCAGCUCUGCUACAGGUGUUUACUUUGUUGUGGAUUGCUGACUGGAUGGUGCACCACUUCUGGAAAAAAGGAAAAGACCCCGAUAGUUUUUCUAUCCCUUAUCUUACUGCACUGGGAGAUCUGCUUGGAACUGCCUUAUUAGCUAUAGGUUUUCAUUUUCUGUGGCUCAUAGGUGACAGAGAUGGUGAUGUUGGUGACUAAUUAUUCCAAUGGAUGCAAUGACUUUUCCUGGAAUAUUGACAAGACUGCUCACUCCACUUGAGGGUCCUCAAAGUCUUUGUUCCUUUUGGUCUAAGUAAAUCCAGUUGACACAGACAUAAAACAGCCUUAAUGAUUAUAGUUUGGUUUGCUUUUAAAAACGGAUGGAACUACAGUACAUGAGAGCUUUUUUUCUGAAACCAAGGUGGAUUGGAGGUAACUGAAGAUAUCUGAGUAGACACAAUAAAGAGCAGAUGAAUCCUUCAUCAAGUUUUAAAUUGCCUAAAGAGUUGAUGAUACAUUCUUACCUUGCAAUUUCAAUGUUGCGGCUCUCUGACCAUUGUAGACUUGACACCAAUAAUGACUGUUAUUGUCCACACAUUUUGUCACAGGCUUUAUUUUCUGUAGAAGAAUAUGACUAUCAGCGUUUAUAAAAUUAGACACUUGGAAAGUGUCAGCAGGACUCAGCCUGUUUUCUUUGUGCUAAAAUGAGCAACCUAAUUAUUUUCCUGUUGGGAUUUAUUAGAACAAAAUUAGAAAAGGCAAAUAAUAAUGUGACACUGAUCUGGUCACUAUUAAUGGGUGAAUGGUUAAAACUCCUUGUGUUGAAAAGUGUAUGUUCAUUUAGCAACUGAAAAGAUGUUUAACUAACUGAUAUUAAUGGUGUUGUGAUGGCCAGUAUCCUGAUUUUAAUGAAGUAUUUAGAGGUGUUUAUUUAACUGUAUAUACUGAUCCCUGCUUAAACUUGCAGUAUAAAAGAUGAAGUUUCUUUUAUAGGCCCUUAGGAAGUUACACGUCAAAUUCCAGACCUAUGUCAUCAAUUUCUGAGUAGAAAUCUCUGCUUUCAAGCCGUGCAAAUAAUACAGUCAAUAAGGAAAUUUAUGGCUUCUCAAUGAUUUCUCUUAUUUUUAGACCUGAAUAUUUCAAAUAAUACAUUGAUGAUGAGGACUCUGGUUGCCAUAUCGGGAAAAAAGGUACUAAUUGCUCUAUUUUAAAAUCUACUGGGAGUUCCUCACAGCAUAAGUUUUAGAAGGCUACUGCACACAUCCAAAAUGCAUAAUGAAAUAAACAAAUUGUAUUUUAACUGUUGUGAUUGAAAGUUUUAAAUUUUCAGAUUUAAAUAAGACAACUGAAUCCAUAUAUCAGCAUAUAGUUUAAUCUUGUAAACAUUAGUCAUCUGCUUUAUGUAUACAAAUGCUUUUUAAUUUGAUGGACCUACUCAGAUGAGUAGAUUACAUGGAUAAAUGCUAAUGGGACUUCUAUAUGUGUUGGUCACCUUCAACUCUUUGGAAGUUCAAAGUAUUUGCAAUCUUGAAAAUGAAACCAGCUAUUCAGUGCCUACAGAUGGCUUUAGAUGCCUGAAUUUUAGCUCCCUCAUUUAAAUAUUUUUAUUUAAGCAUUUUCUUACUGUUAUUAUAUAGUUGUUUGAAUGAAUCAUAUGUAUUAUGUCUUUUAUUAUGUGAGAGAAAGAUGAAAUCUUUCUAACUUCAGGUUCUCUGACUUUUUUUUAACUUGUAUUAAUGUUAUUUAAAAUAGUUUCUUGUAUGUAGCAUUGCAGGAAAUAUUAUUAAAAUGUUUAAAAUGGAAUAGAAGAAACUAAAUUUUUUCCAACAAUGGUUAAUUAUUUUUGAUACAGCCAUAGAUGCAAAUUUUUGUAUUUGUUAAAAUUGCCAUCUGAAUCAACUCAACUGACAUUUCAUGCACUUAUUAUAGUUACUGGACUUUAGGGUAAUUUUUAAAUGAAUUGUAGGAUUCUUAAAAAUUAAAAUUUCUUGAGAUACAUGUGAUCUUGUCUCAUCCAAUGCAUGAGGGAGUUGUAGUAUGGCAGUAUCCUUAGUGAUUAGUAUCAUAAAUAUUUCCCCAGUAAAUAAGCAACUGUUGGUACAGUGUGACUGUUUAGAUCAUCAAAGUGGGGAAGAAAUGUUACAUGAGUAAAAUUAAGUAAAAUUUGAAAAAGGGAAGUGUAUUGCCAGACUGAAAUUAUCUGGUCUUGAAAACAGUAAGUGAUGGGGAAGUAUAAUGGAAAAAUUUGUUAGUUCAAAAAAGUUCAAUCCAUUGCAUGGUUGAGAGAGCAAAACUCAUUUUGUGGGGAAGAAAAAGGUGCAGACUUUCACAAAGCAUUCAUUAUUAGAGGCAAGAGCAAACAGAAGGAAGUUAUUUGGAGAAAAGAAUCAAAAGGAACAGCCAAACGUGUUUCUCAGGAAGGGAAGAAAAAUAUAACUUGUGUUGAAAGGAUUUAGGGAAGAGGUGUAAAAAGAGAUACUUUAGGGAGGGGUGGAAGUGAGGGAGAAAAUAAGAAUGCUCUUACAUAUGAUUAAAGAGGAACUUUUUGAGGAAAGAAGUGCGACACUGAUAAAACAGGAAAAACCGUGAUGUCCAGAAAACCAAGGAAUAAAUAAUCUAUGAUGUCAAAGGGGUUUGAUUCCUAUAUGAAAGGAGCAUUUUAGGGACUUAGAGGCUUCACAAAGUCUGCUACCUUUUGUUAAGAAGGCAAACAAUUCUUACCACAUUUCAUGUAUUCCAGCUGUGAGGAUAAUAUGGGAGGUGGCACAAAAGAGUGCUUGGAUACCAGAGAAUUUUUUCAAGUACUCAAAAGCUGAACACCCUUAACCAAUUUUAAUUUUAGUCAAGUCAAUCUCUUCACAGCAUUCCACCUACUUGAUUUUUUAAAAAAGCCCAGUAAUAGUGAAUUACUUUACUUCAUAUGUGGAUAAGAAAUGUUAGCAGAAAUUCUGUCAGAGACAAAUUGUGUACUUUUUGUACCGCUUAAAACAUAGAAUUGAAAGGGACAUCCUGAGAUGUUAUUGUCUCUUUUUUAUCAAAACAGCCAUAUUUUAUAAUCUUGCAGAUAAAAUGGUGACUCUUGGUAUUAAAAUUCAUUAAGUCCUUUCCUCCUUUCAGGCUGCCAGAAGAUUCUUUCAAAACUUCUGUUAUAAUUUGCCCAA